AUGACUUCUCGACCAGACUUUGAUAAAAGUACAACCUCGGAAGAGGUUGUUGCAGCGUUUUCCCAUCACAUCGCCGGGACAACAAUACUUAUUACCGGAGUCUCCUCUAAUGGCCUCGGUGCAGCCAUGGCAAUGGCCCUUGCUUCAGAGCAUCCUGCUCGGUUGAUUUUCACAGCUCGGCAAAUCGCAAAAGCAGACGAGGUGGCCCAUGCUAUCAAGACUAAUGUGAAAGAUCCGCCAUCAAUACUUUCAUUGGAGAUGGACCUGUCCUCUUUUGAAUCUGUUCGGGCGGCCGCCAAAAGGCUGUUGGAGCAAAAAAUCACCAUCAAUACCUUGGUAAAUAAUGCGGGAGUGAUGGCAUUGCCAAAUCGAACGCUAUCCGUCGAUGGCCAUGAAAUGCAUUUUGCGACCAACUUUCUCGGACAUUGGCUUUUCACCAAUUUAAUAGCAUCCAACAUGGCUCAAGGUGGACGAAUCUUGAAUGUUACAUCCGGGGGCUACAUGAUUUGUCCCAUCCGCUUUCAUGAUAUCGAGUGGGAGGGCGCAGAGGCACUACCCCAAGAAGAGCAGCCAGAUUUUGCCGCAGCAAGGAGCUUGGGAAUCGGAUCUCUCACAUCGCCUGGUAAUUAUAAUGGUAUGCUGGCGUACCUGCAUUCAAACGCGGCAAGUGUGCUGCUCUCUGUCGGGCUCGCAACACGCCUCAAGAGCCAGGGGGUCUCGACACUCAGUGCAGCCCCGGGAGUGGUUGUUACGGAGUUACAACGGCAUAUCGGCGGUUUUCGGAAUGCAACUAUGGAAUAUAAGACUGCGACACAGGGGGCCGCCAGUCUGCUUGUUGCAGCCCUUGACCCUGCUCUCCAAAGUCACGGCGGUGAAUAUAUCAACGAUUGUCAGCUUACGGAGAUCACAUCUAGUCACGUUCAGGACGAAGAAGUGGCGAACAGACUUUGGGCGGUUGCGAACAAAAUGACUGAUUGCAAUUUUUGA